AUGGCCUCCGACUCAGAAGGCCAGACUCCUGGCUUGUCUUCGCGCAAGCCGAGUGUGCGCAAGCGGGCCCAGCUAUGGAUGACCAAGGGCGGUCUUGUCCGGGAUGAUUCCGAUGACGAGCUGGGUGAAGAAGACCACCCAUGGGAGUGGAUUUACGACAAUGAGGACAUCGAGGAACCCGAUAACAAACCGACUGCCGACACUUCACAAGAUACUCCGAGAUCGAUGCGGAGACGCUCAGCUCUUCCGAAUGCCAAACGCUCGCGGAAGAUAAUCGGGGCUCGCAUGGGCUCGUUCGAAUGCGCCCUAGGCCAGGUGGUGCUUCUGAAAUCUCCGGAGCCCGGAAAAGACUGGGUUGGAAUUAUCACAGAGUUCGUGGAACAGGACGAAGAUGACGACGAGAUUAUCAAGUCGGCCAACAUCAUGUGGUUUGCCUCUCCGGACGAAUUCAUGUCGACCAAGAACAAGCGACGAUCUGACGCCCUACCCAACGAGCAAUACCUAACAGCAGAUUUCAAUGUCAACCCUCUCACAUCUAUCAAUGGCAAAGCCACCGUGAUGUCUAAAGACGUCUUUUAUGCCAAAUACCCGGGCGGUGUCCCUCCGAAGGGAAAGGAAUCUCUGGCCGAUUUCAACAAAUGCAUUGUGUGUCGCAGAGGAGUGAAUCAAGUUCAGGGAAGAUAUACCGAAGAGUUUCUGUGGGAAGAUGUCUAUCGGGAGGAUAAACUCUUCGACCUCAUCCAUAUGAUUAAGGAUGGGCUCAAAGUAGCCAAAAAACGCAAGCAGGUCGACAACGAUUAUACGGAAGGUAAAGACGAAAAGGAAGUCGCUCCCAGUACACCCAGGAAGAGGCAGAAGGUUGCUUCUCAUGCCACUCCCCAAUCCCGUCGUCAGAAGUCUUUCACGACGCCGACUCACAAGAGAAUUGUUGUCAAGAAACCACUCGAAUUCACCCCCCUUGGCACACGAAUUCUUUCACCGUCGCAAUUGGCCUCACCAUACCGACAGGCGCGGACUCUCCUCCAUGUGUCUACCGUACCAACGUCAUUGCCUUGCCGGAAGACGGAGUUCGACGCGGUUUACAGUCAUUUGAGCGCAGCCAUCAUGGAGGGAACGGGUACCUGUAUCUAUAUAUCCGGUACACCCGGAACAGGGAAGACAGCAACUGUUCGGGAGGUUGUCGCCCAGUUGAAUGCCGCCGUACUGGCGGAAGAGAUGGACGAUUUCAUCUUCGUCGAAAUCAACGGCAUGAAAGUGACUGAUCCUCAUCAGUCCUACUCUCUGCUCUGGGAGGCCCUAAAGGGUGAUCGUGUAUCCCCUUCUCAUGCCCUAGACCUCCUCGAACGGGAGUUUUCGCACCCCUCCCCCCGCCGAGUGUCCUGCGUUGUCUUGAUGGACGAACUUGACCAGCUCGUCACCAAGAAUCAAUCCGUAAUGUACAAUUUCUUCAACUGGCCCGCACUACGCCACUCCCGGCUCAUCGUUCUCGCCGUCGCCAACACGAUGGAUCUUCCGGAGCGAACCCUGAGCAACAAGAUCUCCAGCCGUCUAGGCCUCACUCGUAUUACCUUCCCAGGUUACAAACAUACCGACCUGAUGGACAUCAUUAGCACAAGACUUGCCAAUGUUCCCGGUAAUAUCGUCGAAGCAGAUGCCGUCCAAUUUGCCAGCCGCAAAGUCGCCGCCGUCAGCGGUGAUGCGCGUCGCGCCCUCGACAUCUGCCGACGUGCCGUGGAGAUUGCCGAACAACAAGCCAACGAAGCCGCUCGGAAAGAGCCCCUCGAGACCAUCGACGAAGACGAUACCGAAUCGAUGCCGCCAACCCCGAGUAAAACCCCCGCCCGCAAAGACCGGGCUCUCAACAAAAAAGCCCUCCCCCCGUCCCCGCAGAAGAAACCACAACCGACCACCACUACCAACAAACCCAUCGUCGGCCGCGUCACCAUCGCCACCAUCAAACAAGCCAUUCAAGAAGCCACCUCAACCCCGCUCCAACAAUCCCUUCGCUGUCUUCCGCUGGCCGGGAAACUCUUCCUCGCCGCGCUCCUCGCCCGCGUCCGCCGCACCGGCAUCUCCGAAUCCACUGUUGGCGACGUCAUCGACGAAGCCAAGCGCAUCGCCGAUGCAGCCGUCGCCGUCGCCGGCGCGGCCGGCGUAGGCAUCAAGGAGUUCCUCCUUGCUGGCGGGAAUGGGGCGCGUGUGCGUGCUCUGGGAUCCGCGGCCAUGGAGCUUAUGAACUCCGGCGUCCUGGCGUUGGAGCAUGGCGCCGGGGCGAAAGGUCCGCUCGGCAGUGCGGCCAUCCCGCACCGGGGUGAUCGGAGCGGGAAGGUGCGGUUGCGCGUUGCGGCGGAGGAUGUCCGAUCGGCGUUCUGCGACGAUGUAGAGGCUAAGGGGUUGGGGCUGGGGAUCGAUCAGUAA